GCGCUGGCUUAAAUUUAAAAAAAAAAUUAAAUCAAUCCCUAUUCUUUGAAAACUGUCCAGUGUCUUUCGAUGGCCAAGUGCUAGAAGAAUGCGAGUAUAAUUUUGAGCUUUCUCGGAAAACAUUUGUGACGUCACAUGAUUAUGUUUUGCAUCUUAGCUUACUUCAUGUCAAGCGAAGGAAAACCGAACGUGCAGAGGUCUUCAAUUAGUCGUUCCCAAAGUCAAAGAAAGCCAUAGUUGAUGUGGUUACUUUCUUUGAAUAAGUUAUGGCUGAGCUAGAAGACGAAAUUUCCUCGCUUUGCAGCGAAAUACACGAGUUCAAGAUCGGAACGUUUGAGAAGUUCUAUGAUGCCAUGGAAGGCGAAAUGGAAGGUUGCUGUGUGAAUAUUGUUUUCUUUGGCAUGGCUGGGUCUGGGAAAUCAGCUUUGAUUAACUCCAUAUUCCAGUCUUUAGGAUAUAAAGAAAUGACUCCAGCUGUAACUCAAAACACUGGGAAGGAAGGAACAAAGGUUUUGGAUAGAUUCUUUCUUCCCGGAAACCCAAUCGCGCUUAUCGACACGCGAGGAUUUUUCUCGAUGGAUAUCAUUGAAGAGGUCGAACUGUUUCGCAUCCUGUUUGGAAUUGAUCGGCCGGGAGAUGAUUUGACACGGGGUGACGAGAGCGCUCUAAAGGCAACAGCCGCUGGCCAGGGAGCCCACAGACUUGAGAAGCCUCCACUAGCCGACCAAAUGCACGUCGUGAUUUGGGUCAUAAAAGCUAAUGACAUCAGAUUUGAAAAGGGUCAGUAUAGAGAAAUCAUCAAGUAUGUUCAAGACCAACUACGGGAGGCAAGUAAAUGUGCUUCAUUUGAAAUCUCUCUUCAUCCUGUUGAAGCAAUCACCAUCUUAACUGUAAUAACAUUCGAUGAUGAAGUCCAGAGAGAGCCAAACGCCGAUGAAAAAAGGAAAAGAUUGAAAGAGGCAGCCGUUGAAGUCACUGGUAGUGACAUGAGAAAUGUGUUUAUGAUUGCCAACUCGUUACGAGAACAAGAUCUUGAUCCAGUUUACAAGAAACGUGUCUUGAAGCUGGUGGAAAAAGCAUUAAAGUGCGGAGAGCGUUCCAUUAAGAUGCGGCAAACUAAAAGGGAGAGUCCAAAAAAGGAAAUCCGGCAUUCAGAGUCUGCAGCCAGUGAACUCAAGUAUCCAACCCCAGUGGAGCACGAAUAUGAACCUUUAACUGAUCGUAAAUGCAAAAGCUUACCGCCAGACUUUAAAUCACCUGAAUUGAACCAGUCUACAACGUUCACCCGAAACCUUCGAGAUGGUGCGAAAUAA